UUUAUCUGGGACCGCCGCAUUUCGACUUGACGUCUCAGUUCGGUUUGCAGCGUCCAAAACAAGUCACCUGCAAGUCAUCUCUCCGACUGCCCAAAAGAGCACCGCAUUACAACCAUUCACCCCGAAGUUGUGCGAUGGAUUCUUUGACAAUUGCUACGCUGCUUGUAGCUGGGGUUCUCUCUGCAACAAGCGCAGCACAACUGGAGACGGAAUGUUACACCGCCAAUGGGAAGGAUUACAGGGGCUGCCAGAACCAGACCUGUCUUCUAGGAGGGAAGCCCUGUCUUUUCUGGAACGAAACCUUUCAGCACCCCUACAACACCCUCAAGUACCCUAACGGAGAAGGAGGACUGGGCUCCCACAACUACUGCAGGAACCCAGACGGUGACGUUCGGCCUUGGUGCUACAUCACGGAUCACGACGACGGAAUCUACUGGAAGUACUGCGAUAUUCCCACCUGCCAGAUGCCUGGGAACAUGGGCUGUUUCAAGGACAGCGGUGACCCCCCCACUCUCACCGGGAGCAGCGAGACCUCCAACAAGCUCACCAUCCAGAACUGCAUCAGCCUGUGCCGGAAGCAGAGGUACAAGCUCGCCGGGAUGGAGUCCGGAUACGCCUGUUUCUGUGGCAACGACCCUGACUACCGUCGCCACGGCGAAGCGGCCAGCACCGAGUGCAACCACGUGUGCUUUGGCGACCACACCCAGCCCUGUGGCGGAGAUGGACGUGUCAUCAUCUUUGACACAAGGGUGGGGGCCUGUGGCGGUAACUACACCCAAACCUCCGCCGUGGUGUACUCCCCCGAUUUCCCGGACAGCUACGGGACGGGGCGUGUCUGCUACUGGACCAUCCAGGUGACCGGCGCCUCCGUCAUCAUCUUCAACUUCACCUUCUUCGACAUCGUGGACCAGACGGACAUGGUGGAGCUCCUGGACGGCUACACCAACCGGGUGGUGGCCCGUUUCGACGGGCGGAACCCGCCCCGCGACACCAUCAAUGUCACCGUCGACUUCGUCAUCCUGUACUUCUUCUCGGACAGGACCAAUCAGGCGCAGGGAUUCGCUGUCCAUUACCAAGCACUGAAGGGGCCAGGUGACCGGCCUGAGGGAGACGUGGUGGGGGAGGAAGAGGAGGAGGAGGAAGACACCAGCACGGUGGAGCCCCCCUACGAGGGUGUUACGGAGAAGUCCAACGACAGCCACUCUUCGCAGAUCCUCUAUGUCAUCACGUCCAGCCCCGGCAAGCCGGACCACAACAUGCCAGGUCAGUGGACCGGCCGGAGCAGGACCUGCACGCCCAGCACCAUGUGGACCAUCUACGCCCUCGCUGCUCUCCUGACACUCACUGUCAUCGCCAUGGUGGCCAAACUGCUCUUGCACAUCACAGUGAAGUCUCCGACCAUACCCACCGUCAGCGGCUCAGAGUCCUGCAAUCAGAGCCCCGCCUCGGAGCCCUGGAUCAUCUUCUACCGGCCGUCCACCAUCUCCUUCUUCAAGAAGAAGCUAAAGAAUCACCAUGGCGACCUCAGCCCCCUGGUGGGCAACUAGAGACCCCCGGCCAUAGGUUGCCCUCAGCAGGAAGCGAUCUCCAGGUUGUGCUGGCCCGUCACUUUGGACUUUUGGGGCAGGGGGAGUUAAAAACAAGCUAACAAAAUGACUGAACAGCUAAGUGCCGCGGGGAGGGUGGGGUAGCCGGAGCCAGACCUGGAUACGCCACCGAUCAGGACCACAACUGCACCUGGCACAGAUGGGGUGGAGGGCGGACGAGGAGGUAGGCGGAUGAGGAGACGCCAUCGUUUCCGGUUACCCCCAUUUUGCCUUCCCGUCAGUGUGGGUGCCUUUGACUGUGUCCGGAGCGGAGUUUUUUAGCCAAAGGCACACCCGGCUAGUUCUACUGACAGAGGUUCCACUUGAGUGUUCAAGAACCUUCCCUCUGUUUGGGAAUAAAAUUAAAACAAUGAACGUUGUUUUGUACCACAAAAGGUACGGAAGACAAGGGACGCGUAUGAAACGGUUCCCCAAGAUCCUCCUGAAGGCAGCUGCGGUCACACACUGUUCCACACUGCGGCUUCACGCCCUGGCACGGGGAGAUGGUCCCCGACCAUAUCUCACACUAACACGGUUCACAUACCUCUCCAGGGGCCAGUCCCAACAACCGGCAACAACCGAACACGGCCCUGUACGGAACAGAGGGCACACUUUUUCCAAAAGCUUUUCUUCCGUAGGUUAGCACUUGCUUCCUAUGCAGAUUGCCCUGCUCCCCUGGUGAAGCAAACACCUAUUUGGAGGACUCAUCUCGUUGAUAAAUAACGAGCGUGACAGAGAGAGAUUGUGAUCUUGAUGUUCUCACAGCACAUAACCAAACUGAAAAGACUUGCGCGGGUUAAAGAGUUCAUCUCUAUCGGAGAAUCUGAGUCAGCCAGUGCCAGAGGGUAUGCAGUGUACUUAAAUAAUUGCCAUUUAAACUCCCUUCAGAUGUCGCUAAACUGUCUGUUUUUCCUGGCUGCUAGGGGCUCUGAUCUUUCUGGUUGAACCACGUUCAAGUGCCUUAAGAAUUACAAAGCAAACGUGGGCUUUUUUUUUUUUUUAUCAUCUGGAAUUUGUUUUAUGUCUUCUAAUUUAUUACUUACAGAAAUCAUCUGUAUGACAGUGACAGAUAUAUGUUAAUGGAACAGUGGCUGGUGACAAAAUCUGCUUCCUUCUAUAUAUUUUUUUUAAAUGGUUUUAAAAUGAAAAAUGAUAUCUGUGGAAAUUAGGCUGCGGAAUUAUGCUGUCCAUACUGAUGCCAUGUUGGUACAGGCAAAAGACCUUUUGCUCCAUAGGCUAAUCAGACUGUGUGACUCAUUAGAAAAGCAAGCCUUGCAUUUCAUUGUACUGGCAGCGUAGCCAUGAAUGAACAUGCACAAGGCCUGAAUGUGUUACAUAAAGCAUUAAAACUUUUAAAAAGCGAUUUCGCUGCAAGGGCGUUGGCUCACUGAAAUGGAAUUGUGACAUGCUUACACGUAAAAAAUUGUGUGUUCUUUAGAUGCUCUUUUCCUGUAGCUUAGGGUGUCAAAGCACCUUCUUUUAUCACCAGCAACCUGAUUUUCUUGAUUUCAAAAGCUUGCCGGAGCUGAACACGCUAAGCUUCCCGCAGACGCCAACAUUAGGCUUCAAGGUCGCUGACUGACAGCACUGGAAUGAAUGGACUUGUCAAUUUUGGGCCGUUCCAAUUAAUUACUAGGUCCAUAUUAGCGAGCACGUCACUGCCUGCUGCAAAGCGACGGAGUGGUAAACUGUCAGGUUUGAUGUGUUUAUGGGAAACGCCAGUGGAACACUUAUGCGAGACUUUAUUUUUUAUUUUUAAGCCACCCCUUUUCUGACGAUUGCAUGAAGGAGAACACGGGAGUUUGAGCGCGGAAUGACUGUAUGGGAGAUGCGCUUACGAUUAACCUUAACGGCAAAACGGAGUUACAGUAUAAAAUAUUUAAUUGCAAGCAAUCAUACUGCUGAAAGUUCUUCGUGAGUAGGCUACUUGUAUUGUUUUGGCCGUUUAUGCAAGUUAAAUAAAGAUAAACUGGGGGAAAUGUGCACUUAAAUACCAUUUACACGUCUGUUAGCGGUACUUAUUCAGUUUGCAUGUGGCUCUUCGAAUCAAGUAAUUUAUAACCUCUAGAAAGAAAACGACUAUUCGGUAAAAGCCUGAAACAAAAUGUUCAAUGUAUGAAGCGUUCUGCGAAGUCCAUGUGCACUUAUAAUAAAGACAGGCAUUUUUUAUGCAAAAAGGGACAUUUGACAACAGCAGCAAUAACGUCAUGUUAAGAUUGAUCUGUAAUAGAUAUAGCCUUCCCAAUAUGCUUAAUGCAGGAUUCAUUUUGUACGUCCAACUUUGUCUGGGUGAUGUAAUGCCAUACUUUGGCAACCUGAUCUGCUAUGAGAUAUGUUAAUAAUUGCAAGUCAAUUCACAAAGAUGAGACCGCUAUAGAAUUUGGCAUUUAGAACAGACCAUAUGUACUGUAUCUGUCUUUUCCUGAUGAAGUUGAGAAAAAGGUACCAUUUCAAAUGAGAAUAACUUGCAAUGCAAACCAUGUAAAUUAACUUGGUUAUAAUUAUUUUAGUAUCUACACUCAGUGAGCACUUCAUUAGGUAGACCUGUACACCAACUUGUUAAUGCAAAUAUUUAAUCAACCAAUCAUGUGGCAACAACUAAAUGCAUAAAAGCAUGCCAUUGUGGUCAAUAGGUUCAAAUGAUGCUUAGACCAAAUGUCAGAAUGGGGAAGAAAUGUGAUCUAAGUGACCGUGGAAUGAUUGUUGGGGCCAGACAGGAUGCUUUGAGUAUCCCAGAAACUGCUGAUCUCCUGCAAUUGUCUUGCACAACAGUCUCUAGAGUUUGCAGAGAAUGGUGUGAAAAACAGAAAACAUCCAGUGAGCAGCAGUUUUUUUGGGGCAAAAACCCAUUAAUGUGAGAGGUCAGAGGAGAAGGGCCAGACUGGUCAAAGCUGACAGGAAGGUGACAGUAACACAAAUAACCACACAUUACAAGUGGUAUGCAGAAGAACAUCACACACAACACAUCAAAUCUAGUGGAUAGGCUACAGCAGCAGAAGACCAAUGAGUAAAAAAUAAAAGUAAUAAAUACCUAAUGAAGUUCUCAGUGUAUAGUGCCAUCUCCAGUCCCUCGGUUGACCCAAACUCAUAAUGCCAUGGCAAUCUGAGUACAAAAGUUCCGUGUGCCCUGUGUGUGUCCUGGAAGCACUCAUAUUGCCAGCUAGGUUGUGCAAAUACCAAGAUGAGAAAUGCUAUGAUUGGGAGAAUAUGAGAUCGUAAAAUAUUGUUUUCAUGAAAUUGUACAUAAAAUAGUGAAAAUUUAAUUUAUACAGUAAAUUAUUGUUAUUUUGGAUGUGAAUGGGAUAUAAUCUAUCUUUUGUAUAAGUGAAGUGCAUUUGUAGUCCUAUUUAAUGUGUCCUGUAAAAUAAAUAUGCAUGUUUCUUA